AUGCUCAGCUCGGUCCUCCUCCUCAGAUCCAUCCUCCUACUCACAUCCAUCGCACUUAUCCCCACCACCCUCAACCAACUCAUCAACCAGCACCAACUCGAACCUCGGCAGGUCGUCAACAACCCAAACCAGAAUCAGAACGGCAAUCAAAACGGGAAUGCGAAUGCCAAUCAAAACCAGAAUCAGAACGCAAAUCAGAACGCAAAUCAGAACGCAAAUCAGAAUCAGAAUCAAAACCAGAAUCAGCCUGGAAAUGCGAAUGCGAAUCAAAAUCAGAAUCAGAAUCCAAAUCAACCCACGACGACCGCACAGCCUCAAGGAGCUCAAGGCGCAACUCGGCCAGGAACGAACGCACCAGCUGCAGCGACAUCCUCAGCAUUCUCAGCCCCGAUCGACUCGCCAGCCGGAGGACUGGUGUUCACCCAGCCGCCGGCAACAGCCGCCGCACUAUACUACAAGAUAGCCCAGAACCAGCCGCUGACGUUUGGAUGGAACUACACGAACAUCCUGUCGUUUGGGAACUCGAUCACCAUCGUCGCCUAUUGCUCGCUCAACAAGAUCUCCUACACGAUCUCCACCCUGCCCGCCCAGGCCACAGCCAUCACCUGGGACCCCUACGCCCUCCAGCAACAGCCCGGCUAUCCGCUCUUCGCAGAGGCUACGUACACCCUCCAGAUCUUCGACGAACGCGGCAUGGGCGCCGGGCCCACACCCGGUCUGUUCUCCCCCAGCAGUCAGAUGAAAUUCGCCAUGUACAAACCUCAGCCUUACACCCCUCUAGCAUCCUGGACUUGCUCGACAUGCUCCGGCGCCAAGGGCUUCUUCCACAACUACUCGCCCGUCCUUCUGGCCUGUUCGUUGAGUCUGGUCGCCGCUGUUGGAGGCGGCUGGUAUGGCGUCCUGGCCGCCAUCCGUUAA